AUGGUAAUUUUGGGAAAUCAGGAUUUUUUUAAAAACCCUCAGCUUCUCUCUCUCUCUCGUCGCGAUCUCCCCCCCUGUUUCAGUCCGAUCCGCCCUCUCCUCCCAGCCACCGCCACAGACCACCCCGACCCACCGGACCGGACCCAGAACCACCGGCGUCACUCCGCCGACCUAGCCCGGUCAUCUUCCCGCCGCCUGCCGCCUCGAACCGUCGGAAAAACCAUGGUUUCCGACCGGUUUUUUAGAGAACUUUGGCCAGCGGUUUCUCCCUCCUCCGGCCACCAAUCCGGUCGUGUGAGGUAUGAAUUUCUAGCUAUUUUUCAUGAUCUAGCUGAUGGUUGA